GAUGGCUCGGCUGGCCGUGUACCGGGCGGAGACGGAGGAGGGGCCGGACGUCCUGCGCUGGCUGGACCGCCAGCUCAUCAGACUGUGCCAGAAGUUUGGAGAUUACCACAAAGACAACCCCAACUCCUUCAGGUUCUCUGAGACCUUCUCUCUCUACCCUCAGUUCAUGUUCCACCUGCGGCGCUCCCCCUUCCUCCAGGUGUUCAACAACAGUCCUGAUGAGAGCUCAUAUUACAGACAUCAGUUCAACAGACAAGACCUGACGCAGGCGCUCAUCAUGGUGCAGCCGGUGCUCUACGCCUAUUCAUUCAGUGGGCCCCCUGAGCCGGUGCUGUUGGACAGCAGCAGCAUCCUGCCUGACAGAAUCCUGCUGAUGGACACCUUCUUCCAGAUCCUCAUCUACCACGGAGAGACGGUGGCUCAGUGGAGGAAGGCGGGCUAUCAGGACUUGUCGGAGUACGAGAACUUCCGGCACCUCCUCCAGGCUCCGGUGGACGACGCUCAGGAGCUGCUUCACGCUCGCUUCCCCAUGCCGAGAUACAUCGACACGGAGCACGGAGGCAGCCAGGCCCGGUUCCUGCUCUCCAAAGUGAACCCCUCUCAGACGCACAACAACAUGUACGCCUAUGGACAGGAGUCUGGAGCUCCCAUCCUGACAGACGACGUCAGUCUGCAGGUGUUCAUGGAUCACCUGAAGAAACUGGCUGUUUCCAGCGCUGCGUGAUCACCUCUGACACACCUGACCUUCACCUGACCUUCACCUGACCUCCAUCUGACCUCCAUCUGACCUCCCCUUGUUACCUG